GUCGUCGGGCGUGCAGUAAGACAUGAACGUCCAACUAAAUAUUUUAUUUAUAGUUUUGUAGAGAAGAAUUUCUUGUAAAGAUGUUAAUUCGUUUGUCGGUUAUAAGCAGAUAAUUGACUCGAUCUUAAGGAUGCUUGGCAAAGGAAGCUGUCUUUUGCCGCGAAAUGUUGCUCAGAAGACUACCGCUCUGUUAAGAUCUCGAAAGCAAACCAGGUAAGAUCCUUAGAAAUGUAUUCAUCAAAACCUAUUUUUACCAACUCGUUGAAUAUUCUCUGUUUUGUUGGUUUAGAUUCUCUUUGUAACUGGCGGAGUUUAGUUUCUUGAUCACAACCGAUCAAAAUAGAGGGGAGGUGUAGGGGGUGAGUGGCGGGGGGAGAGGUACCGUUAUGUACGCGUACAUGGGUAGGUGAUCCUGUGAAUGUUAGAGGUUUUAAGCGGUUUAGUCGGAAAUAGUGUAAACAAGUUAGAGAGGUUAAACUAGAAUAGGGUGUAAUUAAUGGCAAAUGGAUUGCUGAUGGUUAUGAAGCAGGGUUGUUUUUCCAUUAAAAGUUAAUUAAAAAUGCAUCUAGACAUGGCAGGUACCGUAUUUAUUCGAUUAACCGCCCUGGGCGCUUAUUAAAUUUUUGGACCUUGAGUGUGGGCGCUUAUUCGAGGUGGGCGCUUAUUAAAUUUUCACCAUUUUCAGCGAGUCAAGUAUGUUUAUUUUGCAACAGAACAACAAAAAGCUAAUAACAAAAUGCGAAGAAGUAACAAAGCAAGGUUUCUGUAAAAUACUCUGAAGAAAACUCCGUCCUCGGGGAAGUCUCUUAGUAGAAUUUAUUCACUAAAGUGGGUGGGGUGGGGGUAAGUGCUUAUUUGAGUUUGAUUUUGAGGAGGCGGGGUGGGCACUUAUUCGAGGCUGGGCGCUUAUUAACUUUUUCUGCCUUUAGGAUGGGCGCUUAUUUGAGGUGGGCGCUAAUUCGAGGUUGGGUGCUUAUUCGAAUAAAUACGGUAUAAGCUAAGGGUUUUAGGAUGCAAGAAGCAAACAUCCCAGCCAGUAGAACACAUUGAAAGUAACCGUUUAUUUUGCUCCCGGCGUGCACCAGGUGAUGAAAAUCGAUCAUCGGAUACCAAUCAAUAAAAUCAAUAAAAAUCAAUUAACCAAUCUAUGAAAAUCAAUAUGCACAAUGCAAGUCCUCUUACCGGUAAUUGUAUCAAUUUUUAUAGAUUUUUAUCAGCUCAAAUAACUUAAGUGAACAAUUUAUGAAUUCUUAUACCCGGGUGUAAGCAGUUACGUUAUGCAUCCGUUGGCAUGGCCAACUCAAGUCAGUCUUGCUGAUAUCUUGUGAGUUAUCAAAUAAUGGGCGAAUCGAAUGUUCUGUUAAUAGAGGCUGUAGUGAAGGCCUACCACGAGUAAGGAUGGGUGAAUCUGUAGUUCUUGAGAAAAAACUGGGAUAUUCGGAGAACCUUCGAAGAGGUGAAAAACAGUUGGGUUGUGAGAAGACUGCUCAGUAAAGCAAGCUGAAAAAAUAACGUUUCUCUUUCCUGUCACAGGCUAACCAGAAUUCCUAAGAAGAGCAUUUGCUGAUAUGUUAGCAUGUCAUGAGCGUAAGUUUGUUGAUGCCUCAAUCAGAAAACCAUUUACAAAGAUAGUUUUGCUGAUCCUCCUUUUUGAAUCCAAACUGAGUGUAAAAAGGAAGCAGAGAAUCUUUACACCUAAGGCUGGUCUUGUAACAUCCUAACUUCUCACUGAGUAACAGCAAGGUUUCAACAACACUGAAAGACAACACAGAAAAUUUUUGGGUUGGAAUUUUUCAUUAAAUUAGAGAAUGUACUUUAUGAUGUGGGUGCAUUUACUUCCUCCUCCUCCUCCUCAUCAUCAUCAUCAACAACAUCAUGAGUCCAACCAGUAUUUCAAUCUAUGAACUCCCCCUCAGCAGACCAGCGCUUAACAAAUUGAGCUAACCAGGUUGCAGUUAGUAGUAUAUAAACAAGAAGAAUCUCUUGAAAACUGAUGCCCUCAGAGUCAUAGAAAAUGUUGGCAGCAGCUUUUCAUGGUUAGAAAUAACAACUCAAGGAAAGUGGCUGCGGCUACAUUUGGCAAGUUAACCAGGUUAGGUUUUGAAAAACCUGUUGAAAAAUUCUUCAGAACAUAACCUGGUGAAAAGAGUUUUAAUAACCAGGUUGAUUUUUAUUUGUGGCUGGACCCAAUUUAGACUUUCACAAUGUCAUGGGUUUUUUUUUUUCACUCAGUUGGGUUGCUCAUAACACUCGCCUAAGAGUGACUGACAAAAUUUGACCUGUAUUACUUGUAAAAAGAGGUUGACUUCUUAAAAGUCUUAACUCAAUAAUGUGCUAAUGGAGAAAGAAAAGCUGAACUUGGAGUGAAAGAAGUAAUUUCAAAACUUUGGUGCUUGCAUUCAUGAAUGCGAAAAUUUGGACCAUUCUCACGUGAAGACGGAGAUGAUUGACUGACUGACAUUGUUAACCUGCGUUAAACUACCUCUUGAGGUGGUUUAAAAAACCUAGCCUGGUUAACGAAAUCUAUUGUUCUUGCUUGAUUUGCGUAACCUGUUUAGAACUCAGAUAAGACUGUAGAAAACCCAGCCUCACUCGCAGUUUUUUUAAAUGAGUUAACUUUAAUUUAUGAAUAGGAAAUAACUCAGUUAAGUCCCCAAGUGCAGCUGCAGCUAGUGUCUAUUAACAGAGGUUUGACUGUACUCACAGUUUUCCAAGUCCUCUCCCUCUAUAGCUCUCGUCAACGACAAUGUCUUCAACUCUCCCUCGCUUUAAAUAAUAACAAUAGAUAAUGCGAAAAUGACACACAGUAAAGGCUUCAGCAUACCACACUUUCUUAAUCAGAGCACCACAACAACAAAAAAACACCUAAAUUUCAAAGAUUUCUUUAAUAAUAUUUUGUCACUACACUGGCAGAAAGAAAAUAACCAUGUAUGAGCUUUUGGCUCUUCUAAAGCCUUGUUUACAGUGGAUUGAAAUGUUCAGUGACUUGUGACUUGAUCAAUCUGGUCCAGCUUGCUGGAAUGUUGUUGUAUACACCCUAUCAACAUUCAGGCAUGGAUUGUGGGCUAUCAUAUAAAUUGCCUCGUGUACUUGAAAAAACUCCUAAUGCAUACUAUAAAUUAGCUCUCAUGACAUCACUUCAUAUUGGGAUCCUUAUUGUCACCUCCACCACUUUUUACAACUUGAAGAUUGUUGAGCAUUAAGAGAUAAAAACAGAAUUUUUAUUCAUGGCAGUUAUUUACAUGUAUGGCAGAAUAGUUGAAUUUGGACAUCCAAGACCAAAUCCACUGAGGGGUUGAGAGCAGUAUUUGAAUUUCAUCCACCUGAUAGAAAGUCCAGUCCACUACCUCAUAACCACUUGGCCAGACAGCUGACUUUAUUUUCUCUAUUAUAAUUUUUGAAUGAUAAUGCAGUUGAACCUCCAUAUUAAGCAACCACCUACAUGAAUUAAGUAGCUGGCCAACCUCUGUUUAGUAGUUACCAGCACCUUUUGUCCAUCCUGAUGAGAGUUCUAUUGUUGUCACCCCUAUUAAUAAGUGGCCACAAAGUCGUGAUACACUUAGUUUGGCUUCAUUGUAAAAAUUAUGAUGAAGGAAAAUACAGUGUGAGAUAUAAAGGUGACAACUAAUAGUAGAUACAAGUUAUAUUGCUCUUGUCAUGUUUGUUUCAAAUAAAGUGAAUAGAUGUUUCUGCUAAUGAUUAUGCUAAUUUCUGACCAAUCUCUAUUGAGUGCCUACAUGUACCUACCUACCCUGAGGGUGGCGCUUAAAGGAGCUGUGUCACGAAAUUCAGCCAAAUUAGGAAUUAAAAUUACAAAAUGCAUGUUACAUGAAGAGAAACAUAAAAAUAACCACUUAAAACUUUAAAGGAAGGUUAAAAUAACAUAACAGAAACAACAGAUGUCACAGAUAGGCAAAACUGAAACAGAUUGAAGUUAGGAUUUUUGAUAACUGUUCAGCCUAACAGUUUUUCAGAGUUGAUCCCUGAUGCUUGCAACGUCAAAAAUAAUGCUCAGGGGACCUAUUUGUUUGCCUCGGAUCUCUGAUUUUGUCAUUUACAUGUAAGUUCUUUGCUUACUUUAUUAAAGUUCUAUGGUGAUUGAGGGCGAGUAACUGGCAAAAUUAAACAAAAUGAACUGGACUGCCGUGACACAGCCUGUUUAAUGGAGGUUCAACUGCAGGAUAUGAAAACAAUAAGAUAUAUACAUACUAUAGCAAUUUCAUGCAUGAACUUCUGCUCUACGAAAAGUGUUCCACACGCCACAAUUUUUGCCAGCUCUGUAUCCUCCACUACAAUGAUAUAAUAUGUACCAGGACAAGAUCUCAUAGCAUGGAAACGCUCUAAAGAAAUCCAAAGGGAAAAUAUAAGACCUCUGCAGUAAAUAACUGAAUAGAGUACCAGUAUUAAUAAUUAUUACUGUAUGUCAAGUUUUGUGUGUAAUCUAAGGUACUGAAAACCUUAAUUGAUUUAGUUUGCUAGCCACCUUGAAUUAUUCCUUUCCUUAAACUGAAUGUAAGAAGUAACGAAAUGAUCACCCAAGAGUGAUACUCCUGCUAUAGGCAAAUCCUUGUUUACAUUUUUGCCUUAUUAGCAUAUUUCUGAAUAUUGAAAGAGCGUAGCAAUUUCAGUUAUCUCUGAAAAUUUGAGCCCGAUAUAUCUAAUAGUUUUGGAGAAAUUGUCUUUGAAAAACCCAAAAAUUUACAUGAACUCAUUAACGUUUUGCCACCCAGUAAUUUUGCAGUUUUUAAUUGAUGCUAUUUUUUUUGUUACUGAUUACAAAAAGCUGAAACUUGUACAAACUGCAUAAAUUAACCAGCUCUUUUAAUUUUUGAACCUUUGGUAUACAGCUAUUUUGAGAAAGGUUGUCGGAAAAACUGCACGCGACAAUCCCGAAAGGCAUUGUGGGUGGUUUUAAGUUCACUGUUCUUUAAAGAAAUUUGAAAGAAUUGGUACAAAAGGCCAUGGAAAUGUGUUUGCCAGUGCUUAAGGAAAGCAACAAAAGUAGGUUCGACAGGUGCAGUCGUCAGAAACAUUGUAUUGAUCAUAUCCCAUAUUGCCUUUCGGGUUUGUCGCGUGCACAUUUUUCCGACAACCUUUCUCAAAAUAGCUGUAUACGGCUACAUCUUCUAUGGGUUAACUCAUAUGCAAAUGAGCAAAAAUGUAAACAAUAAUGUCACGAUGAAUCCGCCUAUUAAAAGGGCUCCUCAGCUCCCUUAUGAAAAGGGGAAAAUUUGGGUUUUUAACAGUUAAGAUGACAAUUAUCCACUCUACCAGUAAUGACUGUAUUUGGUUGACACUAAAAGCUAAACAAAGUAUUUACCUAACUAACAAAACUCUUCAAAAUUAACUUUCCUGGGGGGAAAAAUGAGCUGCACUACAAGGGUUCAUCUAAGAAGUUCAUUUCUUACUCAGAAAGAGUUCCUUUGUGACAUCUCCAACUUUAGCAAGGUCAUUUUGAAUUGCUGGAAAACCUGGGAAAAAAAAUAGAAUCUAAGUCAUCCACAACAAAUUUCCUCUCUGUCCAAAAAAUGCUUAACAUCAUGUACAACCUGUAAUUUUGGAACAAAUAAGGCCCUUUCCUCAACAAAUCAAUUUUUGUCACAUUGAUCUCAUUUAAAAUAAUUAGCACUAUUCCCAGGCAAAGCUUGAAAUUCAAGACUGCAGUGGUCCCUCUUGAGGAUUGGAGCCUCACAUCACAAGGGAACAAAACAGUGGCCAUUUUAAGGACUGAGGUAUGCUGCUCUAGCCAUUGCAAAGAAGUUAAAUUAAAAAUAAUAAUAAAUAUUGGCUUUCUAAAAUAGAAAAAACAACGGAGUCAAUAUAAUAUUAUUUUGUCCUUGCAUGACAUACAUGUAAUAGGUCACUGUCUUUUAUCCAAUAUACAUCUGAAGGGACAGAAAUUUCUUGUCCCAUUUAAAGAGAAGCAUCUGUGGAGAGGUGGCCGUUACUAAUGGUUUAAUUUUAAGCCAGGUCCCAACCUCAACAAGGACCACGGUCUUUCACCCUGUAUCAGGUCAUCUGACCAUUUGAGAAUCAGGCAAUAUUGUUGUCAGUUAUCAUUACAAUACUAAAUACAUGCACCAAGUCAGAUGGGGAGUGAGUGGUAGCCUGAAUUUCAUCCGAUUACUUCGAGUCGCUAUAACUCCCUCAGCAAUGAUGUUCCCUGCUAGCAGAGGUCUCUCACAACAAGGCAAAAAUGAGAGGAAGGAGAUCGAGUCUCUCUCCUUCCUCUUAUUUUUGCCUCAUUGUGAGAGACCUCUGCUAGCACAGAAGUAACGAUGUUGCUGAGGGGAGAAAACUGCUGUAUCGGAUGAAAUUUGGGCUAAGCGGGUGGGGAGGAUAGGACAGGGCACAACACUGAUAAGUGCAUAAAUUCUGUUUUCGACCCUGUUCGCACUGGCAGUUGCAAAAAAUUUGAAAAUUUUGUAAUUUUGUUCCUGCAACCUUGUUCGCAUCUGGUCAUCAUGUUCUCAACGGCAUCUCAGAAUUUAGGUAGCAGUUCAGUAAAUUUUGGCGGGUGGAAAAAAUCAUUCACACUAGAAAUGGCUUCCUGUUGACAGAUUUUUUUGCAAAAGAAACCAAAUUUUGCAUUGUGAGAACAGGACCUUAGAGUCAUGACAAAAACAACAUUUACCUUUCUCAUAAUCAUCACUGCAUAGUGGUCUUAACAACAAAUUGUCACCAGGAUUAUCAAUAGACAAACCACAUUUAUGUAGUCUACAUUCUCCUUUACGGAGGUCAAUGUCUUUUAGAAGGUCUUGGUCAAACAUGACAAUUGAACCUUCUUCCUUCUGCAAAAAAAAAAACCAGCUUUACACACUAGAAUGGCCUCUAAAUCUGACAACCUACGUAAUUAAGAUUUUCAGGCUGAAUCUCCACAAACAAUGCCUCACAAUUAUAAUGAUAAGUUUUUACAUUAUAACGACCACAAUUUUAAUAUACUUUUAUUGCUUAAGGUUCAGUUAGCUUAAAUGCGCAACCCCAUGAUAAGCGGCAAUGCUUUAAUCGCCAUUGUGUUGACAUAAAAGUUAUUGUAUUGAAUUGUAUUUACAUCAGCUAAAUAUUUAUUCUAGCCUACAGGUAAAUCCAAAUGAUAUACACUUUGACUUGGAGACUAUAAGAGCUUCUGACCACAAUUCAAAAUCAACUCUGGGCUGAUGAGUGGUGGUGGGGUGGGGAGGGCCGGAUGUGGCAGCUAAAACCCAACAAAUGACAUGUACACAAUAGGCCACUUGCACUAAGAGGUCACGUGACCAAUGCUUCCUUUAAACAAUGACUUGGAAUCCUUUUGAUGACAAAAAUUUACAGAGUGGUUGUUUCAAUGUUUUCGUAAUUAAGUAUCUUCGAUCACACACGUAAACAGGAAAUACAUGUUGCGUGGAUAUUCCUCUUUUUACAUUAAGCCAAGCCACCUAAUCGAGCCUUAAAGAACCACAUACAGGUGUAUAAACACUGCAGUUUUUUUUUAUUAUGUAAGGCUGUUAAGGUGUAAGGCUGUAAGGUCUGUAAGGGUGUAGAGUGUAUUAAGGGUGAAAGCUAGGCUUUUAUAUAAGGGUGUAAAUAGUAACAAGGGAAAAAGUGUUUUAGGUAGCCCAGAUGACAGGUACCUUAUGAGCUAAGUAAGUGAUUUGCAUUUUUGUAGCAAAGCAAGAGCAGAAAAAAAUUAAACCACGGGAGGGUAAAAACAUGUUUCUUGUGCUUGAAAAGUAGGUUUUGCAUUUUGCGCAAAGUGCUCUGUUCACUCUUUUGGCUAAUAAAUCACGUAGCAGGAUCAAUGGGAUGAAGACAAUAAUAAACAAAAAUGCUGUUGCCAUGACAACAGUCAGUCUUGAGCUCCUGCAACAGUUUACUGCAGAGGAGUUAUACGCCAUUUUGUCCAUUGUCAUCGUUGCGUUGAUUAGAAAAGAGUAUUAAAGCGUCACAUUAUACUUUGCAUUACAACCUGAAACUGCUGUAAGGGUGUAAGGCCUUACACUGAAAAUCUAUUCGUAAUACAUGACUAUUUGAAUGAGCAUUUUUUACACAAACUAAAUCGCGGGCCCUAGAAACGUGAAACGAAAUGGCUUAGUUAUAAGACUAUGUCUAACGAAAGCUAUUCUAGUUUCUUUAACAUCUAAUUUCUAACUAAUGUACUAGAGAAAACUCUCUUACCGCUUUCGCCAUGAUUGAGGAAAAUUUGUCAACAGACGAUCACGGGCGCCGUGGCCUCCCACGCAGACGUUCUUAGGGGUUCGUCAUGCGUUCCAAGCCUCUGACCAUUGUUACCGUCGUCACGGCAACGAAACUGGCGGCGUUCUUGUUAAUGAGUGACCAAAAAAUAACGCAAACCCAGCGGGGGGUACUCCGGAUUUCAAGUGACAGGAAUGGGGUCGAAAAUCAAACCUAAAAAAAUUCCUAGGGCUUCAAACAAAACCUCCCAAAAAAUCCCUGAACCAAAAACCCCAAAAAAUCCCAUGCCGAAUUUCAGAGCCAUUUAUUCGCGGAACUAGGGCGGGAUACGUGGGAACUAUCACUAAUCUUCUGAUUGCUUUGAAUACCCCAAAAAAUCCCUACUCAAAUCAAGCUACCCCCAAAAAAUAAUUACCAAAAUUUUCCAACCCCCAAAAAUCCCUCGAUCAUCUUCGCUAUCACUUGAAAUCCGCAGUAACCCCCUGGGAACGCAAACCGCCCGUGAAAGUGUGAAAAUCAAAGUAAAACGUCUUCUUGGCCCUAAUCCUCUGGCUUGUUUUUCUGCUUAUUCUUUUUUCUUUAAAUAAGCAAUUCUUUUCAAUUUUGAAUAAAACUCUUCUUUAAUCUUCACACUUCGGCGCGCCUCAUUGCAUAAGGGAGCAAUCGUUUAUUACGUCUUGGGUGGGGUUUCGGAGGAAGGGUACAAUUUUCUAAGAGGCUUGAUUUUGGGGGGUCAAUUUUGAAAAGGCACAGAAUGUGAGGGGGGUCGAAAUAUUAAGACUGGCCUUCUAUGUAAGAGUUGUCAAACUAUAUUAUAAUUGAAGUAAAUCCACGUUUCCUUCAAAAGAAGACAAAAAAAUUUGGCGGUUCUUCGUCAGCAACAAAAUCAUGUUACCCGUAUAAAUCUCAGCCCAGGAACCUAUCAGCUAUUUCUCCUACCAGGAAUGUAGCGUGCAUGCAGCCGUGCAUGUACGCACAUACGCCUAUGCAUACAGCGGAAAUCUGGAACAAACAUAUAGAUUUUUUUAAAUUUCCUGGAGGCAUUUUUAUCCUUAAAUCGGGAUAAAUAUUUCUCAUUAUAUUGGUGUUUUUGUGUUAGGAUUUCCUUUAUCCUUUUACCGAUUAAGUGGAGUGAAAUGGAUCCGAAUGUGAAGCCACAGACCUUGGUUGAGACUUUUGACGAAGCUAACUCCAAUUCUAUCCCGGAAUAUAUGUUACGGGGUCUCAUAACUUUGUUGACUUAUCCUGUGUCAAUGUGCACAGCUGAGCUUAGCUUCGGCUGUAUGAAGAGACUGCGAACUCCUUUACGAAGGACCAUGACAGAUGAGAGAUUGAAUUCUCUUGCAAUUUUGCAUAUGAGCACAAGGACGUAAUUGAUAUUGAUGGCAUUAUAACAGAGUUUGCCUGUCUGAAGGGUACACAUCUCGUACUUUGCUUGUAACCUCCUUUAUGGUGUCACUAGUUUACCCUUUUUUUGCCGUACCGUAACACGAGGGUGCUAAUGGGGGUACCCAGUUCUCAGUUAACUACUAUUUUUCGGCCAAAUAUCAGUUAACUACUAUUUUUUUGGUCAAUUCUCAGUUAACUACUAAUUUGGUUAGCUAUUAACUUUCACCUUCCUACUGCGAAUAUUAUUCCGUCAUAUCCCGAAUUUUCCUUCUUUCAGCAAGUCAAUCACUUUUGGUGGUGGGCUCUACUAAAAUCGAGGUGUAAAUUUGCAUGAACUCUGCCACUAGUACAAUUUAUUAGUAACUGAAAAUAUAAGUCGUACAACCAUCAAAAGUAAAAUCCAACUAGUGGUCUAUUAUCAAUACUGCGUUCUGAUUGGUUGAGCUACACUAUGCUAUAUGUUAUAGCCCACUAGUAGCGCAAAGCGCCGGCUUUUUGGCGGCAAAAAAGGCUUAAAGUUGUUUUGUCUCGAUAUUUUUGACCAACUAGUUGGAUUUUACUAAAACAAUUAUUCCUCUCGCCCUAAUGGCCUCCGAGUCAAUUGACUCUGAGCCCAUUCGGGCUCGAGGAAUAAUUGUUAAAUAUGACACCAGUCUCGUAGAUCCAGACACACCAGUCAUGAUCUCUUACUGAUCUUCCCGACAUGGUCAUGCAUGUCCUGCCAAUCCAAUUUCAAUCCAUUGCAACAGACCACGAGAAACAUUAUCAUUGCCAAAUUAAUAUAGUCUUAACGAACUAACUGGACCAUUAUUUUUGGAAUUCAAUUGGUGAAUUCAAUCACUGUUUGCACGGAUGGGAGAGACACAGUUGAGAGUGCUGACAAAGGCAUGAAAGUAUUUGACACAGGACAAUUCGACUUUUAUUUAAUUCGUGAGUGUAGCCCUCCUCGAACUUGUAGUUCUUUUAAGCGAUUCCUUUACUGUGGUUCCAAAGUCUUGCGCGUAGUUCAAAGUACUAAAUGUUUUAUGUUGAAGUGAGAAACCGCGGGUAGGUUUUCCGCCUGCGUUGUCAGAAGUUGUUUGUACCUCGAUACAGAUUUUGUCGACAUCCUCUUUCACUUCCCUCAAUGUUACCUUUUUCGCAGACGUAUCUUAUUCGCAUAUUUCAAAAGCCUCAUGAAGGUAUCCAAGGGUUUUAAGAAAUGAAACUGCCGAAACUGUUUCAGAAAGACCGGUUUAAACACGAGCAUUUCUUUCUAUUAAAAAAAAGUCUCAAUAGUUAGAACUCCAACAUAAGUUGCAAAAAUGAUUUCUCGUAAGUACAAAUUCCAUGUUCUUUUAAAAAAGGAAGAUUCCUGAUUACUUUGAACCCUCAGAAAUUCUUUUUUGCCAGAUCCAAUGCUAAGAAUCACAGCUUUUUUAUUUGGGUAGUAAUGUUUAACUUGACGAUCUUUUGGGUCCGUGAAACACAGUAUUAUCCUAUUCCGAACACAGAAAUCUUGUAGAAGACGAAUUAUUCGUUGAGUUGUCUUAUUCGUUGGCUGACGCUUUCUGUUUGUCGGGUACUGCCCUGGUGCCUUUUGCACAUAGUAAUAUCAGUUAGUUUGUCACCGGGUCAACAGCGGGACAGAAAAAGGUCAGAAAAUAGAAUUUCUGUUUGCAAAAGUUUGUGACUUUCAUUAACAUUAAUAUUAUAAUAUCACUUAACUGUUAACUUUUCAUUUAUCAGUUAACUACUAAGUUUUUCGCCAAUUAUCAGUUAACUACUGUUUCUUGGCCAAAUAUCAGUUAACUGUUAACCUCAUUCGCACCCUCUAACACUGUACCUUACCGAUAGCACUAGAGAUGGGUAAAAUAGACAACUAUGCUGCUAACUACCGGUAUCCAGGAAGGGCGAUCACCAAAAUGCAAAGACUGAGUGGUCUCUUACGGGAGGUGGAUCGUUUACAAGAAUCGAACAGCGGGGGGUCUCUUCCGAGAAGAGGUCCAGGCACAUCUGCCUUAUGGAAGAUUAGUUAUUGGGAUAUGUGUAGUUCCAUGUUGUCACUAAAGUUCUUCGUAUAUUCCAAGUAACAAAGUGCACACAGCGAAAAUAGAGAUCAAAGACUGAGUCGAGUGGUUGCUUACAAGAUGUUAAAAACAUUGGAAAAUCAUUAAUUGUCCGGCCAAAAAAGUGGUCGCGGUCGCUUACGGGAGGUGGUCGUUUACUACAGGUUCCAACUGUAAGGCUUUGACGGGGGAAAAUUUUGGUGUUUUGGGUUGGUGGUCGCUUAUGGGAGGUAGUCGCUUACGAGAGGUGGUCGCACAUGGAGGUUUGACUGUAGCUUAUGAAAUCAAUGUCCAAGGAUGGAAGAAGAGACUUGGUCUAGAAGGGGUUGGAGGAGGAGCGGGGGAGGGGGGGGGUGCUUUUUAAAAAUUGUUAUUGCAAAGCGGGGGAGGGGUACAAUUUUCAUUUGUCAUUUUUUGGGGGUGGGGUGGGGGGGUAAAGUCUUGAUACGUCACACUUUUCUGAAAAACCCCACUGUGUCACGCAUCUUCCAGGAGGCGUCACACCUAGCUAGCAACUAGUCACAUAUCAAAAUUUAAGGGGCUAUAGAGAGGAAAGAUAUUUUUAGGCUUCCACGAGCAUUUUACACAGCGGUGAUUUAAAAUGGCGGGCUAGAAGGAGCGAGGAGAAGAAAAUAAGGUUUUUUACACUGGAAAAGCGCAAAAAUUUGUUUGUGAAACUUGGCAAAUACCAUAGAGCAUGUCGAUGAAGAGAUCUGUGUUCGACCAAAGGUUAGAAUUUCCGUACGGCUGAGUUAUUGAUGUCAAAAUGUGGAUCAAAUUACAAAAUAGCAAAUUGUACCCGAGAAGGCGGAUUAAUUGGAGCCGUGUCGUUGUCGAACACAGGAUUAUUCUAUCCUACGUCCUUAUUUGUGUUACAUUUCUUUUUUUAACAAGGAUUCUUCUGAAACUUUGAUUUUUCUCUUUCCGUGCCACCCUAGGGGGGUAAUGAAAUUAACUCCUUUUGGGUGACAUAGCAUAGUUUAGUUUGAUAUAUUUUAGUUCCCCAGGAACUGAGGAAUACUGUCAAUGUAACUUUUAAAAAUGAUGCAAAAAUGUGCAAAAUUUGCCGGUGUAGAUACCUUAACUUAAUGUCCGUGUGAAUCAAGUCAGGGGUGACGAAUCUGAUGCAAGAAACUUGUGAAAAAAGAAACUAACGUGUGGGCAAGCUUUACCCUAAACUGUUCACAGUCCCCUAUUUUUCCGUAAGAUUGAGCGCUUUGCGUUAUGGUUUGCCAUCUUGUAUGCAAUGAGUGUUAAAUCUUCUUAGGGGCCACGAACGCCCUCCCCCUCGGUACAUUAUAUAUGAAACCAAGAUGGCCGCUUGUACUGGUAAGCGCUCGAUCCUGACGAUCUUACAAAAAAAUAGUUGACUUGUGAACAGUCUAGCUUUUCCCCUUAAGACCAUGAAGCAAAACAGUUUAAUGAACGGCUUUAAAAUUACGCAACGAUUUCUUCUCACUGUCUCAUUGGGUAUGGGAUAGCUUACGGUUUGCGUCAAAAAGUGACAGCCGUUCUUAUAGUGCGGGGAAGCGUCCAAGGACGGCUGACUUGUCCCUGCGUUCUCGGCGAACUAUCAGGAAUUAGGGAAGAAAAAAAUAACCUUUGGCACCCCAGGUAAGACUAACCGGGAUUUACUUGCCCAAUAAGGUGUAAAAGAGUUGACGGCUUCUUGAAAACAUGUAAAAUGUAAAAAUAAGAGGAUGUUUUUAACAGUCAGUUUAAUUUGUACCAGAUCAUUUUAUAUUUCAAUGGUGAAUGUUUAAUUAUUUCAUGUAAAUGAUAUCGCAAGGUUUUAGGACAAAAUUAUUCACCCAAUACUAUGAUGUAAUAAUAAUAAAAAAACAUUUUGGUUAAAGGAUAUAUGUUCUAUUUGAGCCACUCACACACACGUUCCCCACCUAAAAAGAUCGCGAAAUUUCGCACCCUUGGACUCUUGAAAGCGAGUCACACGUUGGUUAAGAGGGAAAAACUCUGUCAUAAUCCAUGAGCUUGCAGGAAAAUUACACCUAUACGGGAGAGAAAUCUGAGAAAAAUAUAGUCUAAGGUUUUGGUAGCCCAGUAAAGCCUCUUUUCGGCGAGUCUAGUCCACACGUAUCCGGGUACUUUUGAAUCUGCAACUUUUCUUUCCGGAUACGGCUUCCGUCCACACGUAUCCGUUGAAUCUGGCAUACGAAUCCAAAACGUUUUGAAUCCGCUCUCCAGAUAGAGUGGAAAUUUUUGAUUACGUAAUGAAUCCGGAAUCGUGAGGAAGCUAAAUCGGGAUAUUUUUUUAUCGGGUGACUUAACCUUGUUAACCUUGUUCUUCGCAUUUUUCUUUGAUUUCUGGGCCGAUUCUGUCAUAAAAUUGAGGCAGAAUACGACCCACCGAUGCUAUAUUCCCAGAUGAGUCCUGGGUACUAGAGUGAAUGGUGUCGGAUCGUCGGAUACGUGGUCGGAUAAGGUCGGAUGCUGGUCGGAUACGUGUGGACGGGCAAAUUCGAUUUUAAUACGGAUACGUGCGGACGUAGAAAUUUUUGGAUCUGCAAAGAAAAAUUUGCGGAUUCAAAAAUAUCCGAAAACUUGUGGACGGGGCCUUAAUUGUGUUCUGUGGUUCAUCUGGGUAUCCUGUGCCACUGAGUGAACAGCCAAAGAACGCCUGACUGAAAGUUGACGUCACUUUGCAAACCACUUUGAGCUUCGUGCAGUACGACACGAACGUCCAACUAAAUAUUGUAUUGAAAUUUUUUUAGAGAUGAAUUCCUCGUAAAGAUGUUAAUUCGUUUGUCGAUUAUAAGCCGAUAAUUGACUCGAUCUUAAGGAUGCUUGGGAAAGGAAGCUGUCUUUUACCGCGAAAUGUUGCUCAGAAGACUACCGCUCUGUUAAGAUCCCAACUGCAAACCAGGCAAGAUCCUUACAAAUUUAUUUACCUACACCUAUUUUUACCAACUCGUUGAAUAUUCUUUGUUUUGUUGGUUUAAAUUGUCUUCGUAACUGGGGGACUUUAGUUUCUUAGAUUAAUAAAUAAUAAACCUUGCUGUGUUUUGAUCGCAACCGGUAGAUGUUGGGGUGGGGGGGGAGGGGUUCGAGGUACUGUUACGUAAGAACCUUAUGGGUAGGUGACCCUGUGAAUGUUAAGGGUUUCAAGUCGUAUAGUCUAAAGUAGUGUAUAGAAGUGACAGAGUUUAAACUAGAAUAGGGUGUAAUUAAAUGCAAAUUGAUUGCUGAUAGCUAUGAAGCAGGGUGUCUUUUUUCUUUUCGUUAAAAGUUAAUCCAUUUAAGGAUGAUGAUUUUUGGUUUUUUACCCAGGGGUACAAAUUAAAAAUGCAGUUAGACAUGGCAGGUAUAAGCUAAGAGUCUUAGGAUCCCAGAAAUACACAACCUUCCAAAGAUUCAGCAAGAUUCUCAGCGAGUAGAAAACAUUGAACUGUACUCUCUUAUUUUACUCCUGGCAUGCCCAAUUGAUGAAAAUUGAUCAUCAGAAACCAAUCAAUGAAAUUGAUAUAAUCGAUAAAAGUUAAUCAAAUUAAUGAAAUUGAUGUGCUCAAUUUAUCAAAUUUCAUUGACUGGGCACACUGGGUUUUACUGAUUUAAAUGAGAUUCUAAUGCUAGUAUCUUGUGAUAACGGCUAUAAAAAAUGUGAAGUCUAGUCUUAACUACCUAGCUAAGAUAACAGCUGACAUCUAUAUUUUAAGGCAAGUGCUUUGUCUUGCCUCUAGCUAGCUGGAACCCUGCGAGAGUUGAAACAAGAGUGAAUGAAUGUAUUUGCAAGGACAAGCAAGUAGUUAUUAAGGGGAGAUGUCAAUUAGAAUUGUCUGUCUUUUAUUUUUAAAUUUUAAUUUAUGAUCUUAAAGUAAAGGACAGGGAUUAUUCUUUUUUACAAGUAAUGUAAUAUUAUAAAAUAAUGUUGUUGUUUGCUUGACAGAUGUUUAGCAACUCAGACUUCUUAUGAUGUGGUUGUUGUCGGAGGUGGGAUUGUUGGGCUUAGUACAGCAAGGGAACUUAUCAUCAGGCAUCCAACAUUAAAGUUUGCUGUUGUUGAGAAAGAGAAUGAAUUAUGUGAGUACAAAGACAGUCACUUGUUGCUUCUGGGACUCUUUUUGCAUGAAGGUAGUGUUGCAUAUAGUCUUAAAUUUGGCUGUAAUGAUACUCUCAAAGGAAAUAGUAGUAAUAAUAAUCAUAAUCACAAUCAUAAUCAUAAUAAUCAUCAUCAUCCUCCUCCUAAUAAUAAUAAUAAUAAUAAUAAUAAUAAUAAUAAAUUAUAAUAAUAAUAAUACUUUGAAAUCAAGGUUGAAUGGUUGUGGGGAUGAGAGCCACAACAAGUCUAUAUCCUAUUUCAUUUCCUAAGAAAUGCACUGUCAAUGAAAUAUAGAGCUCAGCUACCUUGUACUAACCCUAGGUCUCUGGAUGUGGUUAUUAUGUUUUACAGUUGACUCUCUCUUAACGGACACCUCUAUAAGACGGACACCUCUGUAAAACGGACACCUAGAGUUGGUCCCUGCCUUUGUUUAUUCCCUUUAUUUGACUGUCUAUAAGAUGGACACCUCUCUAAGAUGGACACUUAGUGCCGGUCCCAAAGGUGUCCAUCUUGGAGGAUCAUUGUCAUCAUCAUUAUCAUCAUCAUCAACCACUACCCCUUAAUCAGAGCAAUUCAAGGGACUGUUCGUAGCCGUUGUCUAAUCAUGUCCCAACCCCCUUCCCCCUUCCCCACUUUGACAGCAUAGUUCUACCAUUUCAUAAAUAAACCCCAGUCUAUCCAACCAUAUAACCCCUAGAUUUUCUUUGAGGAAGAGCUAGCACUCACAUUUCAUUAUUUCUUGGAUUUUUCUAGCUGUACAUCAGUCUGGUAAAAACAGUGGUGUUGUCCAUUCUGGUAUUUACUACACCCCAGGCUCCUUGAAGGCCAAGCUGUGUGUAGAAGGAUUGGACCUGGCAUACAAGUAUUGUGAUGAGAAGAAGAUUCCUUACAAGAAAUGUGGAAAAGUAUAACAAAUCUUUUUUUUUCACAUAUUUGGGGUUUUCAUUAAGAAUUCUAGUAGCAGGAAAAAAGGUGUAAAGCUGUUGUAAGAGAAUAUGUGUAGUUUGAAAGAGGCUCCAUGUCUGAAUAAAAAUUCUGCAUAGUAAAUGGAGAAUUCUCCUGUAUCUGGUGCCUAAUGACCACCCUGUAUUUUUUUGCGAAUCCACCAUCUUUUUUUUGGAGGGGGGAGGGGGGCAUUAUUAACAUCAUAACUGCCUGUGCAUGGUGCCACAUGCCUUAAUGAACCCAUUGUGAUAAACCCAAGGGCAAAGGUGGACCCUCUAAGUUGUCCGGCAGAGCAGCGGCCAUAAUGACAAAGUUUCCCCAAAUGACUGGGCAAGAUAAGAGAUUGGAUUACAACAUGAUGUCAGUCAACACCCAGCUGGUGAAACAGCGGGGUUCCUUUACAGUCUUUUGAUAUUUCCUAGCAUGAUAUGCUGUAUUGGGACAUCUUGAAAAUCUUUUGAUGACCAAAAAAUUUUCAGUGAAAAUUUAGUUUCACAACCCAUCUGUACUUUCUUCAAAGAAAUUUUAGGAACUUUGGGUUUCCACAAAAACGUCCCACCUAAAAGUGAGCCAAAUUAAUUUCCAGCAUAAAAAAAAAUAGGGAAAGAAAAUGAAAAAGAGGAAAGGAAGAGCAAAAGUGAAAGCUAAAGUGGAGGGGAUAGUCAAAUGUUUUCAUUUAAAAACUGUCUUCUUUGAAUAUUUGCCCUCUUCACCUGCCUAAACUUUGAAAUGUACAAUUUGGUGUCUGGAACAAUUUCACCUAUUCCUCAACUUGUAAUAACAUUUUGGGCAGUUUUAAAUCCUAUUGGCCAGUCGAUAGUGAAAAGUAGGAAAAGGCUCAACUAGUUCCCAAUGGCAUUUUUAAGCAGAAUUUUCAAGGUUGAAUGGGUUACAACAAUAUUGAUCAACUUCCAUCCAUCACAGUAAAAAUAUUGAAGGUGUGGUCCUGUUUUCCAAAACAUUAGGCUAAUGGUGUCUUUUUUUUUCUAGUGGUAAUUGAAGUGUAUGUUGUAUGAAAGGAUGGGUCUGUUAUCUACUUUGAACAUUUCUUUUUGCAAUGUAGAAUGAUAGGAAGAAAGCUUCAUUAUUUUUAUUAGUGGUUUGGGAAUGACUAGUGUUAUCACUUAAUUAAUUCUCACUGGUCACAUGCUGAUAAUAAUAAUAAUAAGUAACACAUAUAUAGGGCUAAUUCUGUAAAGGUCAUUAGCACUUCACAAUAAAAUGAGGAAUUGUUUAAAGAAAUGAAUAAUUAAUUAUAAUUCACAUGUAAAAUUUACAUGUCGUAGAAAAACAUUUACAUGUAUAUAAGAACUAAUUACCGGUAGUGUUAUUCAUCCACCAUUUCUCUCUUUCAGAUUAUAGUAGCUGUUGAAAACAAGGAACUACCAGAACUUAACAAGUUGUACCAGCGAGGUCUGGAGAAUGGAGUUAAAGACCUGAAAGUCCUAAACUCCAAGGAAAUAAAAGAUGUUGAACCCUAUUGUGAGGUGAGUUUACGUUGAACCAUGCACAGGAAAAUAUAAAAAUGUUACAGUUUAUCGUAAUGGAAAUUUUGCUUAAGCUGGUGGGAUAUGUAACAGUUGACAGAGUUUCUUGUCAUCAUUUGAGGGGUGCUUGGGAGACUGAGGACAUGAUUCAUGACUCAAGUAAUACAGUUUUUAGUACUGCCCAACUGUGGCAGACAUAGAAUACCAAGUUAGAGAGACUUUAAUUUGGGACACACACUUGACGUAAGUCCUUCUGUUGCUGAUAAACUAACAUGUAAUCAGUUUGUAACUUGAUGGUUUGUUUGCAGGCAUGGGCAGACGGUAAUUCAGUGCUUGUAAAGGAUGCCUCAUUCAAAGGUCCAUGAGUCAUGAGAGAGGCAGUCAUCUUGAGAUGGUGGAAUUUCUCAUGAAAAGUUUCUCUACAUUUCUUGUUUUGUUUUUAGGGUUUGGCUGCCAUAUUUUCACCCAAUACUGGGAUUCUUGACUGGGCAGAAGUGGCCAGAAAUUAUGGGGCUGACUUUAAGAAGGCUGGUGGGGAUAUCUACACUGGAUUUGAGGUCAGGUUAAUGUCAAACAGUGAUAAAAUGUUUAUAGCUUAAAUAUUUAUCUUAGUAAGAUCAAGAUGAGUGAACAUGAAUAUUAUUGAAGGUGUAUUAAUUAAGACUUAAUCUUCCCUAUGUACCACUAACAGUAGUCUGUCAAUAGAUUGUUGGUAGACUAUCGGCUGACAGAAUUUUAUGGGAGCUCUUUUUCACUUUUACUAGUCACACAAGAGCCAAUUGACAGUAAAUUUUGUAAAUCAAUAGCCCCUUAGCUUGCAGCUCCCAGUCACGAGGCCUUAUUCAUGCAAAAAGUAUGGGAUUGAAAGCCCAUUUUGAGGUGAUUUACACAGAAGACUAAGAUUGCCUAGAUUUUAUAAUUAUUGGAAUAUCUUGAAAAUUAUAAAGAGUUUCAGCGGAAAAAAUACCCGGCCACAAGAGGUGUGUGUUCCAGCAAUAUAUACUCCAUACUUUUUCCAUAUUCAAACCAUACUGUUUCAGGCAUUUUUUUGAAUUGCCACUUGGGAAUGUUUUUUAAGCAUAUGUCAGUAUUUGUUUAAUACAUGUGUUUAUGUAUCAAAAUUAACAUUAUUCUUUUGCAUUCUUUGUACCAUGAUGCUCUUAUGUUUCAUAAAUAUUGCAUUGUUUGGGAGUUAUCUGUGUUCUCCUCUACCCUGAUUUUGAAGAGUUCUUGUGGCUACUCUUGUUUCCAUCUGAUGUACCUACUUCAGUGUCAUGUUCUUGACGAGGAGUGGGGAAGGACGGGAGUGACCUCUAACCAUAUCAAAGUUAUCAUCUCCCCCUUCAGAAGAAUGUUUUGGUUGGAGCUUCCCUCCCCUCACAAAAUUUCAGAAUCAUUCUUUCCAGUCUAUUCCAGUUUUAUUACCUUUAACUGGAGAAUGCUGGGAGCCGUAUAUAUUUUUCAUUGAAACUUAUCAGCCUGAACUUGUGUUAGGCCAAAACUCAAGUAAGUUUUUCUUUCAAUGAUGAUAUGGCUUUUUCAGGUCUCAGACUUCACGUGUAGUCCAGAGAGUAACCGUUCACAAGUUAAAGAAGCAGGUAAAAUACCAACUUUGUUUUGUUAAAUCACUUUAUGAUGCAUGAUUAUCAGUUGUUUAUUUAAAGAGGGUAACGCUAAACAGUAAACUGACAAACCUGCAGCCCUCAUUAUGAAACAGUUAACAAUUACAAUAAUAUUAAAAAUAUACAUAGAAAACUCUGAAAUUACAUUAUUAAAGUACAACAGUAAAAAUACAAAUAAAAAUUUGUAAAUAGGAAGCUAUCACAAUUAUAAAAAUUUAUCCUUCCUGGCAUGGGAGGGAAAAGGGACAGAGGAAUGGGGAGAGAAGGAAAAGGUUGCCCACUAUAGGAACCUACUUUUGUUCAUUUCUUUGUCUGCUGAUGUCCACAAAUUCCUGAUUGGCUGAGCCACAAUGAGUGACCCUUUGACAUGCGUUAAGUGAGAAACAAUCAUGAUGCUGGUAUCAAAGGAAAUAUGUUCUAUUGGCAUAAGCUUUGGAUCAAAAGAUCACAAUUAUGCCAAUCAAGUAGUGACACAUUGAAACUUUUUCCUCUCCCUCACCCCCCCUUGCCCUUUUCUCCCCUUCUCCUCCCCUCCAAAGGAAGCUUUUUGAAAAUCACUUUUGCCUGGCACUGUUUCUUAAUCGGUGUUUUACAUUCUCCUUAGGUCACUCUCACCCAGUGACAGUUCACGGCAAAAAUGUGGUAAGCUCCAUGUUAUUUGGGACCUUGUUUGUACUUGCCAGCCUAAUAGUGUUUGCGUAGUGGAUCUCCCUCACUUAUAUUUUAACAACUCUCUUAUACGCAACUUUAGUGUGUUCAGUCAAAGUGCUUGGCCCCGCGAAACGUGUGUUAUUCUCUUGUAUCGGCGUAAUUAUCUGCCAUGGAAUCGUGAUCAUAUGCACUUUCGUUGAAACUUAACUCAUUUCAGGGGCACCCAACAAGAUUAUUGUUCAAAACCACUUAAACAUAGCAUUGUUAAACGUAUUUUAGUAUAUAAACAGUAGAUAUAGGCAUAUUUUUAUCCCCCCCCAAAUUUUUCAUCUGUCCGGAUUUCCUAGCUGAAAGUCUAGUGAUUAGAAAAUUAUAGGGAUCAAAACUUACCUUUUCGGAAAAUUUCAGCCAGAAAAAAUGCUCCCGAAAAUUGUAGGUGACCUUUUUAGGGUAAAAAUCUGUUAAAAAUGGGCAAUUAUACCAUUUUUUAGAUGUUCGAAAAUCCUAGGAGAGGCACGCAAGCAAGAAAUUUUACAACAAAUGUUUCGAAAAUUGUAGAUCUCAAAUCGUCUUCCGAUCAGAUAUUUUCCGAAAAUUGACGUUGGGUGCCCCUGCCAUUUGACGAAAAGAUAAAGAAAUAGUUUUGCCUAAGGACUUUUGAUGCAUUUUAUUUGCCUCUUGUAUGAUCGGCCAAUAGUUGGUUGCCUAAAAAGCUCUGAACUAUCUUCAACUGUGUUGAUGGCUUCUAUUCCUUUACUUUAGAAGUUUUAAGGAAAGUUUUCAGAAAAUUGCACAGGUGACAACAAACGCAAUAACAACUACAACAACAACAAAUUAAAAACGCGCCCUAGUCAUAAUUGAACUAUUCUUUAGUCCCCUCUUAGUUGCCGUUAUGUUGUCACGUGUGGAGGUUUAUACUCAGAUCGUCUGGCAGAGAAGUCGGGCUGCCCGAAAGACCCUCGGAUUGUUCCCUUCAGAGGAGAAUACCUGAAACUCAAGGAUGAGAAAAGCUUUCUAGUCAAAGGAAACAUUUAUCCGGUAGGUUUUCUGAGCAAGGAAUCUUCAUUAAGAAAAGCUAGAUCAGUUUUAAUAAUAAUUAAGCUCAAGUAUCGUCUUUAGGCAAAAUUGCGAGGAUAGGAUCUCGAAAUUAAAAUUUAAAAAUGAACUAAUUAUGCAUAAACCUUAUCACAGUGGCAUGUAAUCUUGAUGUCAGCCAUAAUUUUUUAUUAAAAAAAUAUGAUUCAGGUAUGUAAGUUAUUAAUGACGUCAUUGUUUUGUGGUCAUUAUUUGCUUCUGGUACAUAGAAGGUACAGAAUUGCCAGAAACAAGUUUUCUUAUCGCAAAAGUUUCAACACAUUCGAUAUUUGUUUUCGUUUUCUGUAUACAGUGCACGGAUAGUUGUCAACCAAAAAGCGCACAUGAGCAAAUGUGGUCUAUGUGAAUCUGUUGAAUGCCGGAAAAACCUUCCACAGCAAUAGCUACGACUCUGCCAUUAGCAGUUUGAUGUCGCAAAACGUACAGGGUAGUCUGUCCCUCCUGUUAAACCCGUUCUUGGCAUUCAACUUAACACUUGUUCAUUAAUUAGUUACUUGACUGAUCGAUUAAUGGAUUAAUUCAUUCUUUGUAGGUACCAGAUCCCAACUUUCCUUUCCUUGGGGUCCAUUUUACACCGCGGAUUGACGGCAGCGUGUGGCUUGGGCCCAAUGCUGUUUUGGCAUUCGCACGUGAAGGAUACAAACUAACAGAUGUGAAUGUGAAAGACCUGAUAGACGCUUUAGGAUAUCGGUAUGUAGUUAACGCCUUGUUUGUCUGUGUUUUUGACUUUGAAAUCCACACAGUGGAAGUUGGAGAGAAAGUAACAAUGUUUUAUUAUUUUAUGUUUUAAUGGGCUGUUGGAAAAACUAUGUCAGUGUAUUUAGCAUGAACGUACUAGCUGGGGACACAAUUUUCACGUUUCCUAUGGAAGCCGGGACCGCAAUAGGCCACUUCCGAGUUCCCCCUGGCCUCUGUAUCAAGACGAGGUUAAGUGCUCAGCCUUUGAUAUGGAAAUGAUUUUUUCAUUCUCAUUCAAAUAAAACUCAUUUCCACAAGAAAGGCUGUGCACUUGGCCCCAUUUUGAAAGUGAAGGUUUUUGGAACUCGGAAGUGGUCAUCCAAGUAAUGCGAAGGUCUAGCCGCUUGCAGGAGGGCAAGGAAGCAGGAGUAUUGGUCUGGCCCGGAUACACAUUUUUUCCUCACACAAUUGGCGUGAUGGGCUUAGAGCUUGAAGCAGCAUUAACUUGUUGUCUAUGCCCAAGUCACAAAAACAAACAAACAAAACACGAGUUGGCGCUGUGCCUCAAGUGACAAAAUUGUGGUAUGAUAGUACAGUAAAGUCAAUGGCCCAAAACACCAUAGUCAGAGCAUUGUAGUUUGUAUCACAACAAUUCAAGACAGUUGUUACAUGCAUCAGAGCUCUAGAUGAGGGACGUUUGUGUCGAAUAAAAACUUUUCAAGACCUGCUUGGUUUUCUAUGUUUUGGAAAAUAGAGUGGAGAAGUAGUUACGUCACGUUGCCGGGGUAGCAAAAUUUCUGGAUUCCAACAAACUGAAAACGUCACUCACAAAGUGAAUUCGUACUAUUUCAAACGUCAUCGAUGUUAUCGAAUUUCAUUUAAUUUGUCAAAUGUUGGCGAAAUUUCCUGAGGUUGAAUCCGAAAGGAUCGUAUCUAAGUUUAGAAAAAGUAGAAGAACAUUUUUGUGUUGUGUUCACUUACUCUAUAAAGCGGGCGCGUGAAAUAAAGAAGUUUCAUUUUGCAGUCGUGCAAUGACGGCUAGGAAAUCUACAAAAAAGCGUGAUGCGCGUACAAAGUUGUUGUUUUGCUAAUAGAAGCCUAUUGCUUUUUUGCCGUUCUCGUUGCCGUCGCCGUCAUCGUUGCUUAAGCUCCCCAUUGUUGUCAUCCAGAAAUUUUGCAACCAUGGUAACGUGACGUCACACCUCAGCUCUCUAUUAAGGCCUUUUACAAUCGCAAAAGAUGAAUGUUUUUUCUUUUUACCAAAGCCGGGAAAAAAGGUGACUGACUUGACUGGUACCAAGGUGUAAUUAAGCAAACUAACCAUCUUGCCCAUCCCAGCGCCAUUUCUAAAGAAAAAAACGUAAAGAGGUGGUUAAUCGUCUUUUGAUUGUUGUGUUUCAGAGGUCUUAGAAAGCUGAUGUUUCAGUAUUUCACGUUUGGUGUUGGGGAAUAUUACCGUGGAAUUGUCAAAUCUGAGCAAGUCAAACAACUGCAGAGAUAUGUACCCAGUCUAAAGGUCGAGGACGUCGAGAGGUGAGGAACAAUUUGAUGUGUUUCGAUUAAAAUGAACAUAAGGCUUAAAAAUAAUAUGUUCAUAGACAACGCAGGAGUAUCGAGUAAUUUGGGAGCUUAAGCAACCACCACGACGGCGACAACGAUAACGACAACGUCACUAUACAAUUGCACGUGCGUCACGCUUUUUGUAGUAAAUUUACGACUCCGACGUAAAACCUCCCAAUGCGAGCGACGUGAGCAUACAACCGCGAGUUUUCCUUUCUCUUUUUGAACCUGGAUAAAGUCCUUAACAAUUUAACUCCAACAUCCAAGGAAGAUCGCCUACAUUUGACAAAUUAAGCGCGUCCAAAUAAACGCAAUAAAGUUUGAAAGGAAGAAAAUUUGUUUUCGCUGCCGUCAUUGUCGUCGUUGCUUAAGGUCGCUAUUGGUCACGCCCUAACUGAAAGCCAUCUGUUCGUCACUUCAUGUCCCGUUGUUUGUUUUGAAACUUGUCGCCAGUUUCCGUAGUCCGUAGUAAUAGAUAGGCCUUUUCUUAGCUUAUUGCACAAACUUCACUUUCAAAGCGAAGCCUACAGCUCUAGUUCAAAAACAUGUACUGUGACGAUAGUAUACUACACUAUCAGUUGAUGGCCCCACCAUCAUAACACGGCUGGGGGUAGUUAAAAAAAAUGCUCAUUUUAAAAGAUCCCAUAAUAACAUUGAUACAUAUAUUUUUAACCAAUCAGAGGCCCCGCAGGAGUUCGUGCCCAGGCCAUGGACAGUGAUGGCACUUUAGUUGAUGACUUCGUAUUUGAUGGAGGUACCGGGGACAUAGGGAGCCGAGUCCUGCACGUGAGAAAUGCGCCUUCUCCAGGGGCUACCUCCUCAUUGUCCAUCGCUAAAAUGGUUGCGGAGAAAGUGGAGGAACGAUUUCACCUCUGAGAGCCUUUGGGAAACCGAUCAUAAACUUUAUAAAAUUACAUAAAUUCAUAGACAUUUUAUCAAUAACAUUAUUUUGAGAGUGUGAUAAGUAAAUUCAAUCUCUCGGCGAGGGUAACAUACCUGAUUGGUACUUGACUUCGCGUGUCUUUAAUUUCUCAUUUUUCGCGAUUGUUAAAAAAUCGCGAAAUUAAAGACCCGCGAAUGAAAUAAACACGCGAAAUUUAGUACCCAUAUAGAAAAUUCAAAUCACAGAAACAAAAAUAAUAUACAAGAGAUAUAUCGACAAAUAUACUUUUACUAGUAAGUUCCAUUUUGUAUCUUCUGUUGUGAAAUAACGUUCGUUAAUUUGCAAAGAUUCCCUGUUUACCUUAAAGUUAAUUUGUGAAAUAUGUGUUUUGCGUGCUCCAGUUUAUCUAGAACUAUACGACUCAGAAAACUAAAAUGAAGUUGAGAAACUUUAAGAUCCUUGAAUUGCGAAAUUUAAUGCCUUUUUUCACAUUUGCAUAUUGAAAUCGCGAACAUAAAAACGCCGCGAAAUACUGUCUCACCAAAAUCGCGAAAUUAAGUACCAACGAGGUAUGUUAUUUUUGCUUUAUUUCUCUUCACAAUUUCGUUAAAGAGAACCUCCACUCUUACUACAGAAUAAGUUUAAAUCGAAUAAAAUUAUGUUGAUAAACAAAUUUGUUCGAAAUUUGUCCUU